AUAACAAGGACGAACGAAGGCUAGGCCAAGGACGUGUGAGGUCACAGCCAGCUGAAUCUCGAGCAAGAAGGAAAUCCGAGACACCGGGAGAGACAGUGAGCUGUCAUUUCACCAGAGUCGAUCUAUUUAGUCAAAACAUGGCUGCUCGUCCUCAGUCAGAUGUUGACAAGCGUAAACAGAUCAGUAUUCGCGGAAUUGCACCGGUGGAAAAUGUUGUCGAGAUUAAGAAAACAUUCAACCGGCAUCUGCAUUAUACGGUGGUGAAGGAUAGAAAUGUCUCGACCCCUCGGGACUACUACCACGCCCUGGCCCACACUGUCAGGGACCACCUGGUGGGGCGCUGGAUCAGAACACAGCAACACUACUAUGAGCAGGACCCUAAGCGUGUGUACUACCUGUCCCUGGAGUACUACAUGGGGAGGACUCUAUCCAACACGAUGGUAAACCUGGGCAUCCAGAGCGCCUGUGACGAGGCUAUGUACCAGCUCGGCCUUGACAUUGAAGAGUUAGAGGAAAUUGAGGAGGAUGCUGGCCUUGGUAAUGGUGGCCUUGGACGAUUGGCUGCCUGCUUCCUGGAUUCCAUGGCAACCCUUGGUCUAGCUGCCUACGGAUAUGGUAUUCGUUACGAUUAUGGCAUCUUUACACAGAAAUUUGAGAAUGGCUGGCAGGUAGAAGAACCCGAUGAGUGGCUGCGUUACGGAAAUCCGUGGGAAAAGUCCCGCCCGGAGUAUGUCCUGCCGAUCAACUUCUACGGGCGAGUGGUGGAGAGCAAUGGUGCCAAACAGUGGGUGGACACAACGGUGGUGUUUGGGAUGCCGUUUGACAGUCCCAUUCCAGGCUACGGUAACAACACAGUCAACACCAUGCGACUGUGGGCGGCCAAGGCUCCCAACAGCUUCAACCUCAAGUUCUUCAACAACGGUUCCUACAUUAAUGCUGUGUGUGACAGAAAUGAGGCUGAGAACAUAUCCCGGGUACUAUACCCCAACGACAAUAUGUUUGAGGGUAAAGAGCUGCGUCUGAAACAAGAAUACUUCUUGGUGGCUGCCACUCUCCAGGACAUCAUCAGGAGGUUCAAGUCGUCCAAGUUCGGCAGCAGAGAUCCAGUCCGCACUUCCUUCGAAUCAUUCCCAGACAAGGUGGCUAUUCAGCUGAAUGACACUCACCCUGCGCUAGCCAUCCCCGAGCUGUUGAGGAUCUUGGUGGACAUUGAACAUGUACCCUGGGAAAAGGCGUGGCCAAUCUGUGUAAAUACCUGUGCUUACACCAAUCACACCGUGCUUCCUGAGGCCCUGGAGCGCUGGCCUGUCUCUCUCAUGGGGAACCUCCUCCCCCGACACUUGGAGAUUAUCUACCUCAUCAACCACAACUUCAUGCAGGAGGUAGCCCAACGUUUCCCGGGUGAUGCAGACAGAAUGAGGAGGAUGUCCCUUGUGGAGGAGUUCGGAGAGAAGAAAAUCAACAUGGCUCACCUGGCCAUAGUCGGCUCACACGCCAUCAACGGUGUGGCGGCCAUUCAUUCAAACAUCAUCAAAAAUGACACGUUCAAGGACUUCUACGAUAUGUUCCCCGAGCGUUUCCAGAACAAGACGAACGGCAUCACUCCUCGUCGCUGGCUUCUCCUGUGUAAUCCUGGCCUGUCUGAUGUCAUUGCGGAGAAAAUCGGAGAGACCUGGGCUACUGACCUGUACGAGCUUGCCCAGCUUAAACAGUUUGUAGAUGAGGAUUCCUACCUCAACAAGAUUAUGAAAGUGAAACAGGAGAACAAGAUGAAGCUGGCCGAGUACAUCCUGAAGGAGUACAAUGUGACCGUGAACCCUGCGUCCAUCUUUGACAUCCAAGUGAAGCGUAUCCAUGAGUAUAAGCGGCAGCUGAUGAACUGUUUACAUAUGAUCUUGUUGUACAACCGACUCAAGCGGGAUCCCAACAUGGCUUUCGUACCUAGAACAAUCAUGAUCGGGGGCAAGGCUGCACCCGGGUACCACACUGCCAAACUGAUCAUCAAGCUGAUCACCUCUGUGGCCAAGGUGGUAAACAACGACCCGAUCAUUGGGGACCGACUCAAGAUCAUAUAUCUGGAGAACUACCGUGUGUCCCUGGCCGAGAAGAUCAUCCCCGCAGCAGACCUGAGCGAGCAGAUCUCCACCGCUGGUACAGAAGCCUCUGGCACAGGAAACAUGAAGUUCAUGUUGAACGGAGCACUGACCAUCGGCACGCUGGACGGAGCCAACGUGGAGAUGACGGAGGAGAUGGGUGCGGAAAACAUCUUCAUCUUUGGCAUGGAGGUCGAUGAAGUGGAACAAACCAAGAAAGAAGGGUACAACUCCAGACAAUAUUACGAAAGUAACCCCGACCUUAAACAGAUCAUCGAUCAGGUGUCAAGUGGUUACUUCUCGCCUGGAGAGCCACACCUCUUCCAGGAGCUGGUGGACAUCCUCCUCAACCAUGACAGAUUCCUGUUAUUGAAGGACUUUGAAUCCUACGUCAAAUGCCAGGACAAAGUUAGCGAAACAUACCUGGAUCAAACCAAAUGGUCAAAGAUGUGUUUGCUCAACAUAGCUUCGUCCGGCAAGUUUUCUAGCGACCGCACAAUAUCGGAAUAUGCCAAGGACAUCUGGGGGGUGACACCCAACGAACUGAAGCUACCGGCCCCCCAUCAAUCCCUUGAUGAGAUGAUGGCUCAGGCCAACGCGGCGGCCAAAAAGGCAUGAGCAGAUCUAGUGGCUCGGUCAACUCCCACUUUCACUCAGUGAGAGGGGCCACAAUGGUUCAUGCUUAAACUGUGAGAGAGGCCGCGACGAUUCAUGCUUAAACUAUAACUGUGAGAGAAAGAUUGCUACAAUGAUACUGACUUUGUAAUUAUGAAGAAAGACCGCCAAGAUCUCACCUACAAUGUCACCGUCAGUGAUAGGUUGCCAUGGUUAUUUUACGCUGUUACUGAGUGAAACAAGUUGUCACGGUUAUAUUUACAUCGUAACUGUGUGUGAAUUAAAGGUCACCACUGGGUCAUACAGUUAAUGGCAUUGCAAAGAUGGUGCGGAAUUGACGGUCGGUCAUUUUGCAUGUAACAGUAUCACCAGUGCUGCUAUGCCUGUUAUUAUAAGUGCAUGGCAGUGUUUCCUUUAGAUUAUAGACUACAAUCUGUAUUGUUCUUUCUUUCUUUUUUACAUUUUGUGACGCAGGGGAUAAAAGUGAAUUCCAUAUGUUGAAUUGUUUUAAUGCUUGAAUACUGUAAGUUUUUGUCUGGCAAUAGAUCUGAAAGUGAAUUAAAUGUCGUGCUGAGUUUGGUGCAAAUCUUUGUUUCUUGGUGCAACUGAUAGAAACAAGCAGAGCUGUGUUUAUCUGUUAAACAAAUUAUUAUUAUGAUAGUAUUUAUUUCAGCUAAAUUUCUUGUUUUGAUUUGUAAUAAUUUUAAGCGGGUCAGGUCGUAAAAAAUUCUUCAUCACGCUUUUCUUGUGAAUGAUGUUUGAUGACAACUCCAAAGAACGAUAUUUUUAUCAAAUAUAUUUUUCAUGAUGAGCUUUAUAAUGUAGUGUCCAUAUCGCAAAUGUUUUCCUCACUUUUUCUUUUCUGAAAUGAUAUUUAACCUAUACAGUAUUCUUAAGGAUCCCUGUCCCACUGCAAUGUGUUUUGUUGUAUGAACAGUUACCUCCCCUUAAUUUCGUUCUGGCGGUAACGUUAACUGUAGCACAGUUAGGCAGGACACUUUUGUUGAGGUAGCUCAAGUCGCUUAGAGAUACAGUGAAAUAGUCUGAAGUCCAGAGUUCGAAUCCCAGUGUAGCCCAAAUGAAUUUUUACACACAGAACACUGUUUGAUGAUUAUGUUAAUUUUUUUUAUCGUUAUUGUUUUUUAAUACAGUCCCGCAUGGUUUGGUUUUCUUUUCAACAAUGAUUUAUCAAAGCAAUGGUCUUGCCAGAAAAAAACCUUUUUAACGGAUCCUUAAAAAACCAAUGAAUCCAUAUUUUUUUAUUACUAGAAAUUAUGUACAUUUAAUAGUGCUAAUAACCCAAUGGUAUUAGAAAAAACUUUACCAACAUUAGAAAGAAGAUGCUGACAUUUAUCGGCUAGGUGAAUCGGUGGACAUUGUAAUUCAAACUGAGACAGAAGUUGUCCACCUUCUCAACUCGUGUUUCCCUGUAGUAUAUCAAAUCAAUAAUUGAAAUAUAUUAACCAAUCAUGUUGAAUCAGAAAUUUAAUAUAUGAGGUAUGUGUUGCAAUAUUGUGUUGUACUGAAAAUAUUACAAAGAAUAUGUUUACAUUUUGAAGUGAUAUGUGUAGAGAUUACAAAUAUUUUUCAGUUUCGGAACCAAAUUCACUAAACUGAACAUAGUGGCAUUGUCAUAAAGUAAAUGUUACUGACUAGAUUACACCAUAGUUUCUAAUAAGUCUAGGUACCUGGGUACAGAAAAAAACAGUUCAGAUUUUUCCCAGAUUUAUAUAACGUAAACUUGACUUGCACAUAAAUUAUCUGGACAGCAUGUGUUCCAGAUUGUAUUGAGCAUUCCAGAUUUUAACACAGGAGGUCUUGAGAGCAGGUUUAACUGACUUUUAAAUAGUUUGAAUCGCCCUCAAAUAACAAUGAAGUUUAUUGUAUGUGGAAAUGGUUCUGAUCGUCUUUCUUUUUCGGAAUCACAAGUCUUCUUCACAUAAAGAAUGUCUCAAAUCUAUAGUUAGGUGUCUGUUUCUUCAAACAUUAAUUGCAAUAGUAAAAACAAUUUUCAUUAAUCUAUGUUCAGAAAUCACCCUCUGACUUGGAAGAUUUGAUGAACUAAAAACAUCUAGAACAUUUGAGAGGAAAUGUGAAAUUAAACAAUGUUUUAGGACAUUUUUAGAGUUGAGAAGUUUUGUGAGAUUGGGGCGAUGUCAUUGAUACAUGUCCUUUGAGGAUCAUCAGUGACGUUGCUAACAUUAUACUUAAUGCUACAAUGGCCACGAUUUCCAUACCCGCUACUAGUGGACAGUGACUCUACUGGUUACAAUGUUAUUUGAUACAAAUUUGUUUUCUCCGGUAGAAUAUUUUUAUGAACAGUAAAUAUGUUUAUUGUCGCUUUAAAAUUUCUGUGUUUUUUUAAGUAUCAAAACCUAUAUUGACAGGUAGUUCAAGAUAAAUAGUAUGUGUUGUCUGCAUUGUAAGUAAGUACGAUCUAGGACAUAUCGUCAGCCUCUACACUACCUGCUAGAAGCUGUGUGAUAUCAAUUUGUUGCUUCUCCAUAGUCUAGGUUCCAGUGACCUGCAAAAGGUCAUUGUACAUAAUAUUUUCUAGAAUUUUUCUACUGUUUUGAAAGGUUUUGCAAUAUUUACACUUGGGUAUACAUAUAUAUACUGCAUGUUUAUUUUGUUUGUUUGUUUUGAAAACUCGCUGGUUUCCAUUUGAGAAAAAGUUGUCCCAAUAUCUAAAAGUGACCACGUUCUUCUAGACUGUAAUUUUACAGGUGUGUUACAGGCGCUGUGUACAUUACGUCACAAGUAUUUUUGGAGUUCUGCCGUCAAUAGAUAUAUUAUAACUUAAUGGCGUUGUAUGUGAAAUGUAUAGUUUAAGUUGAUGUCGGACAUGUCAGAUUUUAUACCAUGUUAAUGUCAGUGGUGUAUGUUUGAGACUGUUUCCGGGACAAACGUUACAUUUAGUCUGUGUUCCUGCCCAUCCUUGUCACCUACCUUAGCCAAACCUCUGGAUGAGCAAAUUCUGUCAAAACUCGAUCUAGUUUACAUUUCACUCAAAGAUGAUAUUAUGUGAAUUUGUGUUAACUAAAAUUUUAUCAAUUUAUCUUUAAUAAUGCAUGAAUUUAUUUCAGAAUAAUUUUAACAGUACAUAAUACAGAAUACAGCCGAUUAGUGGUGGCUGGAUUGACAAGGCUCGACUUCAAUGCAAACUGGUAUGAACUUGUAAUCAAUGCCAAAACAUAUCUACUGUACAACCAUUACUAGGAGAUGUGCUGGUAAAGUAAUAUUAAUUGUAUACACUUGGUGUACCAAUUAUAUAUUAAAAUGAUUUGUAGGUUUAUUUCUCUACAAAGUGUAUCAAAUUAAAACCUUCUAUAAGUAAAACUGUUCCCUAUAUUUAGCCGAGGAUUGUUCAUGAAAUAAUGACAUAUUGAUGGCAGAUUGUAAUAUUAGUUUGUUGACAAAUAAACCUGUUAUUUACUUUAA